GAUUUCCCCAACUAACAAAACCCUCCAUUUUCUAGGGUUUAUCUCCGAAAAGGGUUUAUGCAAUUUGUUUCUCUCCACGCUUAAUUACACUCGUAUAUUCAGAAACAAAUGAUUUUAAGUUGAUUCAUUAUCAGAAUCCUUUUCCGAAUUCAUAGCAUUCACUCUCACACCAAUCACAAUAAUCCGUGAUUUGAUUUUCCCAACCAACAAACCCCCGGUUUAUACGGUUUAUCUCUCAAAAAAAAAAAGGGGUUUAUGCAAAUUUCUUUCUCUACGCUUACUUCCACUCGUAUUCCUUUGAGCGAGGGGAAUUCGUACAAACUUCAUAGUCUCAGUCGUAGAAAUCAUCAAUGGGUGACGAAAUGAUGUCGGAGAAAAGAGGAGGGUCGAUCAGUGAAGAAGACCUAUCUGCUGUCGCCCAAAGGUACAAGACUACAACAGUGCUAAAUUUGCUUCAGGAAGUGGGUCAAGUUCAGGAUGUAAUGAUAGAUUGGUAUGCAAUGGUGAAGCAUACUAAAACUGGCAUAACAAACCCUAGGGAAUAUCAAAUGUUAUGGCGCCAUUUAGCCUAUCGUGAGCCAUUAAUUGAAGAGUUUGAAGAUGAUUUUAAGCCAUUAGAUGAUGAUAGUGAUCUAGAAUAUGAACUUGAAGCUUUCCCAACUGUUAGCAACGAUGCUUCAGCAGAGGCUGCAGCUUAUGUGAAGGUACUCAUUGCUUCUGAUUCAUCAAGUGAGUCAUGUAUAGAAAAAGGGUUGGUGAUGGAGGCUCCAUUGAUGAUAAACAUACCAAAAGACAAAUCUACCCCUCCUCCAUCAUCAGAUGAGAGUACACAACUUGCUAGUUCAACGGGUGGUGUUAAUAUAACAGUUCCGGUUUUUGUUCCAACACAAGUGGUCCCACCAGUUUUGUCUGGUGAAACAUUGGAUACUACAAACAUGUGUCAAAACAGCAACUUCCCAUCUAGGAGGAAAAGAAAACCAUGGUCUGCACAAGAGGAUAGAUCACUGUUUGAUGCUGUACAGAGAUGUGGUGAAGGAAACUGGGCAAACAUUUCAAAAGGAGAUUUUAAGGGUGAAAGAACUGCUUCACAGCUAUCUCAGAGGUGGAGCAUUAUUAAAAAGCGUCAUACAAACUCAAAUGUGAAAACGGGCCCACAGCUUUCGGAGGUACAGCUGGCAGCUCGACAUGCGCUUAACAUGGCUCUUGAUAAGCCUGGAGGGACAACUUUCGGCAAUAAACCGGUGCAACCCACGAUGGCGGAGCCACCAUCUGCCGCCACACUCCGACAAAAUCAGUCCCAACCGGAUCCAAAAAGAUUGUUCCCGAGACCGCUCGCCUCCGGGCCGGACGCGGUCAAAGCCGCUGCGGUUGCCGCCGGGGCCCGCAUCGCCACCCAAUCGGCCGCCGCUGUAAUCUUGAAGGCACAGUUGAAGAGUGCCAUUCAUAUCAACAAAAUGGGUAAUGGAACCGGUAGACCGCCUGUUGCCCGCAUGGGGGGCCCACGUGAGCGGUAUUCUAGCAUAUCGCCACAUGGACCACGGCCUAACCUGGGCUCGGGUCAUGGUAAUUCAAAUGUUGGACCGGUGGUCCAGACCACUGGUCCAAACGGUGGGCUUCAGGUUAAACCUUCUGGCCCACCUUCACCGGUUGAAUCGGUUAAAGAAGAGCAAGUUGCAGUUUCCGAGAGCCUACAAAAGAUGAAUCUUGAAUCCGAUUUGAAAGAUCAAGAAGAGAAAGUCGUCCCCAGAUGUUUGUCCUAGCAGUAGGUAGAAAGAUCAGUGUCAAAGUUUACUUUUUCUUUUUUUCUUUUGUGGUUUUGUUAGGAGCUUUUUUGAGCAAAUAUUAGGGU